AUGGAGGAAAAGGCAACAAAUGGGAAACCCCUCGCAGAAAAAGAGGCUAUUUUGUUGAUGAAUCCAGACAAUGAUAGCAGCACACCUGAAAUAGAAUAUGAACAGGAAAACAUGCCAGAAGCACUGUUGUACAAAGUCACCGAUACACCACCGAUUUAUAUGACAAUCUUCUUUGCAUUUCAGCAAGCACUGCUAUCCUUAUCAGGAUCGCUUGCAAUUUCCACAUUUGUGGCUGAAGUGGCCUGUGCAUCCGACUUCCCGGACAUAAAGACAGAUCUCCUCAGCUCCACCAUGUUCAUGAAUGGGAUUACGACUCUCCUACAAGUCACGCUUGGUAUAAGAUUACCACUGUUCCAGGGCGCAACUCCUGUUUACGUAAUACCUCUUCUGGCCUUACAGCGCCUUGACACAAACUUUUGUACCGUUCCAGAGACUAGUCUCACAAUUACAAAUGAAACACAGUACCACUUGGCAUCUCCAAAUAUGACUUCUCAUUAUGAAAUGGAAAUGAAACGAAGUUUCGCUUUCUACAGAUUGCGGGAGUUUCAAGGCUCUUUGAUCCUGGUCGGUCUUAUCCACUGUGUAGUUGGACUUACGGGAACCGUGGGAUUUCUCAUGAAGUUCAUCGGGCCUGUCACCAUCGUUCCGACCAUACUUGUAGGCGGAAUAUUCAUAUCCAGGUCUUCCAGCAAAUUCGCCAAAGCACAUUGGGGGAUAUCUGCAGUGACAGCAAUAACCUCGAUCGUUCUAUCCCUGUAUUUGAGUAAGUUGAACAUGCCAUGUCCUGCCUGGUCCAAAAAGAAGGGAUUCCACGUGUAUUGGUACCCCUUACACAGAGUGUUCGCGAUCCUGAUCGGUAUGCUCGUGGGAUGGACAGUGUCAGCCAUAAUGACACAUGCCGGAGCACUGACAGAUAAUCCGAAGGAGGUAGAAUAUCUUGCCAGAACGGAUGCCAGGGCCGGGAUUAUAACGAAUGCCACAUGGUUUCGCGUUCCUUAUCCGAAUCAGUUUGGCACCCCGAACGUCAACGUUGGAUUCUUUGUAGCUUUCAUGAUUGGCACAAUAGUAUCAAUCCUAGAUUCCAUUGGUGACUACAACGCAUGCGCACGAACAUGUAACGUCCCCCCACCAGCUGCGCAUAGCAUAAAUCGAGGAAUCGCAGUGGAGGGAAUUUGUAGUGCGUUAUCGGGCGCUGUUGGGUGCGGACACGCAACAAGUACAAUCGGUGCGAAUAUUGGCGCAGUUGGUGUUACAAGAGUGGCAAGUCGGAAUGUGUUUAUAUGGGUAGGUGUAAUAUACAUGAUCUUCGGUGUAGUGGGCAAGGUUUCCGCUGCUUUCAUCACCAUGCCCUAUCCGGUCUUAGGGGGUGCAAUGAUCAUCAUGUACGGCAUGUUCAACGGCAUCAUAUUGUCGAACCUCCAUGCUGUCUCGUUAUCAUCAACCCGUAAUAUAGCCAUCAUAGGCAUCGCCUUACUUGUCGGAAUAAUGAUACCGUACUGGCUGGAGCACAACCCGGAGGACAUCAACACAGGCAAUGCCUACCGUGAUAGCAUUAUAAAAAACCUCAUGGCCAACCCAAAUCUGUGCUGCGGAAUUCUAGCGUGCUUCCUCGAUAACACAGUGCCUGGAACUGUAGAGGAAAGAGGAAUAGCUGGGUGGUUAAAACCGGACGAGGCUAAAAAUAGCCAAUACAGCGAGGGAUUGGAAGUUUACCAACCUCUCGUGCCAAGGAAGUGGCUGUCGCAUAAUAUCAUGCGAUAUCUCCCAUUCUGUCCAUUCCAGCCUCGCACAGGGGACAAUGGUCCCAUUAAGGUUCACUGUCAUUUAAGGACGUUCCAGGGGUGGGAAGAAGAUGAAAGUCAAGUCAUUGGAGAAAAAACGCCAACCUGCGGCCAGUACCUAGCGACUGCUGAACGUAGGUCUCGAACCCGCGACUCAGAGAUUAAGGGCUAG